AUUUUGAUUAGAUAAAAAAUCCGAAAUCAUCAUGAAUGUCUUCCGUUCAAGUAGAUAACAUGGCGUUUAAAAAGAUACCAGCUAAGCAGAUUUCUUAUAAAUAUUGGCUUGUCAUUUACUUUGGUGCAGACUUGAACGAAAAAAGCUAUGUCAGAUAUUAGGAAACUUUUAAAAGAAGCUACUAUGGGCAGUCACGAGGAGGCGGAAAAGUCCUCUUUCAUGAUAGAUAUGCUUAAAGGCAGACUGACAAAAAAGCAAUAUGUCCUUUUUUUGGUUCAGUUGAGAUAUAUCUAUAAAGCUUUGGAAGAAGAAAGUGAGAAAUUGAGAGACUACGAAUUGCAUGCAAGUGUGUAUUUCCCGUCCGAAUUAUACAGAUUCCAGAAUAUAAGUGCCGAUUUAAACUAUCUUGAUCCCAAAUGGAGCAGCUACGAAAUCUUAAAAUCAACUAAAAAAUACGCUGAAAGGAUUCACGAAGUCGGCAUUCGGAAGUCUGCUAGGUUUCUGUCUCAUACCUACGUUCGUUAUAUGGGGGAUGUAUCAGGUGGACAAAUGAUCAGAUAUAAACUAAGAAAGGCCUAUCAACUUCCUGAGAAUGGAGACGGUUUAAAAUUUUACGACUUUGAGAAUAUUAAUAAUAUAAAAAAUUUUAAAAGUUUAUACUUCUCAAGAUUGAAUGAAGUUGUUCAAAAUGAAGAGGCAAUUAAAGAGAUUUUGGACGAAGCCAGAUUAGCGUUUAAAAUGAAUAUUAAUCUUUUUAACGAAUUAUCUAAAGUUGUUUGCUAGAACAUUCUUUCAUGUCUUUACACUAAUAACUUUAUAUACAGUUCGAAUAACAUGCUUUAUAUAGCUUAUACCUAUAAAUAGAUUGAUGCUUUUAGUUGUUGUUGUUUUUGGUAGAAAAAGAAGAAUAGUCAACAAAAAUAAUAUUACACCGUGUACUUUCUAUCAAGAUAUAUUUCUUUCUUCAAUUAUUACUAUAAGGCUUUCUAGCUUCUUUCUAUCGAAAAUUCAGGCCUAUAAAAACGUAAUUCCGAUUUAUUUGACUGUAAUUGAAAAAGUUGAUAGACUAUAUACUGGAAAAAAGGAAUUUAUAGAUUUUUAUAGCUAAAGGUAACGUCUAUUAGAAAAAAGGAAA